AUGGAAGAAACACAGAAAGGAACGCGCAUAGGACCGCUGCCUGGGGGUCGCCGGGGCGCGUCUGGAGCUGGCGCUGGACGUGACAGCAUGCGGGCCGCCAGCCGAGCGCGAGGAGCUGCACGAUCACCUAGCAGCCCCUCGCAUCCAUCAUCCCCACCAGAAGGCUUGGUGUCGGCUGGGUCUUCUCGGAUCCAGCAAGCGGCACCCGCCGCUGGUGGAGCACGUCGCAUGCGUUGGACAAAAUGCAUGAACGAAAACGCAUUGCGGGCGUACUAUAGGGCGAAAGGGGAAGAAACUGCGGGAAUAGCGUAUAGGUCUCGGAUGAAUUGCUUUUUUGCUGAGCUGGAGCCGUCUCUCCCCGUCACGGAACAAAACCUGGCAGACCGAGUUCGGUACAUCAUGCGCUCGAAAAUAUUUGAUGAUGCCGAACUCGAACGACUACGACGUGAGGCUAUUCCAUCGUCGAAUGAAUCGGCUAUGGCUGGAGAUGCAGCUCCACAUUCGACAGACCAGCAUCCACACGUGGAAGCCGCCAUGGAUCUUCCAGUUGUGGUUGAUUCGAAUGACGAUGAAAUAGUCUCCCAUGAACUAGAGCAAAUGAGGAGUAUAUUGGAAGAGGCGAUUUUGGAAACGCGCAGCACCCCUCUCGAAAAUCGAUCGCGACUUCCCCGCAUACCCCUAAGCAAGCGAAAUCGGGCUGUCGUGAGGGCUCUUAACCCAAUGCUGGUGACCUAUUUGGAAGCCAGCCGGGACCUUUGCGAGACGGACUCGAUUCUCUUUGGCGCCGCAGUGGCAUUUUGCCGUAUUAUUGGCGCCAAACUUCCCAUGGCUGGACGCGCUACUACACAAAGUAGCGCCAUCCCAGCCCGGAGAAAAAGAAUCGAGGACCGUAUCGCAAAGGCAAGGGCCCUUAUCGGCAGACUGACAAGCUUCAGGUCGGGUAAUAAUAGACCGAGGAUUAUGCGCACCGUUAGGAUGGCGUUUGCUGGGACAAAUAUCAGUUUGUCCCAGCCGGAUAUCACGCAGAAACUAACGGAGCGCAUAGACGACUUGAAGCAAAAGAUCGCUGCUUGGAGGUAG